UAGAGAGCGCGGACUGUGAGGAGGAAGCGGCGAUGGCGGCGGAGGUUUACUUACUCUGCUUAUUCCCUUUAUUACAAACGCUCUCGGCGUUUGGAGCGGAGCUUUCCUCCGAGGCCUGCAGGGAGCUGGGCUUCUCCAGCAAUCUCCUCUGCAGCUCCUGUGAUUUACUGGGCCAGUUCAGUCUGAACCAGCUGGAGCCAUUCUGCAGGCAGUGCUGUCAGCAAGAGGCCCAGCUCGAGUCCAGGAAGCUCUAUCCUGGAGCCAUCCUGGAGGUGUGUGGAUGAAAAUUGGGGAGGUUCCCUCAAGUCCAAGCUUUUGUCAGGAGCGACAAGCCAAAGAUGUUCAAGGGCCUUCAAAUUAAGUAUGUGCGAGGCUCGGACCCUGUGCUGAAGCUGCUGGACGAUAACGGGAACAUUGCUGAAGAGCUCAGCAUCCUCAAGUGGAACACCGACAGCGUGGAGGAAUUCCUCAGUGAAAAACUCGACCGCAUUUAGUGCCGGCGAUCGUGUCUUCUUUCUUCUUCUGUUUGUACACCGCCCAGAUUCCACGGAUGGACAUCAGUCUACUUAUUUAGCAUAUAAAUUGAGAUUGAAAUUUGCUUAUAGAUCAUGUAUGUGCAUAUUUUUGUGUGCGCACUCUCACCCAGAGAGGUUUCUCUCACCAUCAUGAAAUUGCUCCGGCCUUCUUGUUUCCUCGCUUCUCUUUUUUUCACUUCUCUUUUUGAAGCGAUCUAAGUCACUGAGGUCUUAGUGUUUUUAUACUGUACGUAUGUUGAUGAAUAGGUUUUCCUGAUGGUGCUGGUUCGGAGCUGUUCAGUGUUUUCCCCAGACGCCGCUGCUGGUCCUGAGCUGCACGUUAGUGAUGGCCCUGCAGUAAACCAGAGCCUGGAGUGCGAGGCCUGAAGUCUGUGCAGUUCUCCCAGCAUGCAGCAAUGGAGAAAUCCUGUGAGCUGCCUGGCCGGUGUCGGAAGGUCAUAUCUGUUCAAUAAACAUCUGUUUCAAAAGA